AUGGCCGCCUUAAUUCCUGUGGAAAUCGCCCGAAUUAUCGCUGGAUAUCUCAAAGACAAGCAGUCUCUGCUCAACCUUCUCUUAGUGUCGCGUGCCUUCCAUCUUCUCGCCGAACCGUAUCUUUAUAACGAUGUCUCUUUUUGUCAACAAAGAGAACACACGAUUCAUAACUUCUUACUUGGUCUCACCGCAUCAGGCGGUCGAUGCACCCACUUCGUCAAACGACUUCGCCUACCGAUCAUCCCCCCACUGCGAAGCAGACUAUACACAUCGUACCAAACAGUCUUAACCUUGGUGCCCAAUCUCGAAGAUCUACAGUUCUACCCUUCACGGUCGACAGGCUUACUCAAGAGAUUCGAUCUUCAAGACUUCCUAAAUGGACCGAGUUCGCCACCAGCGUUUAUGCUUAAACACUUUGCGUGGCAUUCGCGCUGUUCGCUGGACAGCAUCGGGUUGACUUGGUUCCUAGCCAGCCAGAAAUCCCUUGAAUGUCUAUCCCUAAUGACAUUCCACGCUGCUGAUGCGAUCCCGACCCUCCCCAAGCUUCGUGUACUCCAUGCGUUGAACCUCGCCGCCGCAAGAAGGUCCCUCGAAACAAAUCAGGUCACACACCUGCGGAUAAACAAUUGUACUACUUCCCUGGACCUCAACGAUGCCGCCCUUCUUAACGUUGUAGUCUGUGUUCUUUACCUGGAUACAUUAGAGGAGCUCUCAGAAGCAGCCGUACGGAUGCCCAACUUGGAGUGCUUUGAGAUAAAUGUGCUCUCUUCACCAAUCCCCACAACCCUCUCUCGACUUAAUGUGCUCAAAGGGGCCACAAAGCUGCACCACUUGCGAAUCCGGACCGCCGUCCCCCGCCACUGGCAGGACCAUCCUUGGGAUCACAACGACGUGCUGAAAGCCUUCGACAGUCUUCCAUCUCUCUCGCACAUCAGUAUCCAGCUCGUACCCGCUAUGAAUUUCCCCGAGUAUUAUCACUUCACCAAAGGUGUGCUGCAGCCGACGAAGAUCCGCUCGCUUUAUCCAGAGCUCGAGUGGUGGCACGACUGGAUGGACGACCAUGCGACUGUCCGCUUUGCACUGAACGAGCCCCCGCAAAUAGGGUAUCAGGGUGACUUACAUGAUGCCGCUGGGGAGUCGGAGGAUCAAGACGAAACUUCCUAUUUCGACUGA